ACCAUCCAGUCAUCCACUCCAAUUCGGCCAAGUGGCCGCUUUGCCAUCUCAAGAUAAGCCCCUCCUCUCCUACCACCAUCUCCUCCUCUUCUUCCUACACAGCAUCCGCCGCGGCAAAUCAAGAAAGAAUCUUGCUGGUGUUUGAGUUCGACAAAGGAAGAAGCGCACAGAGCGAGCGAGCGUGCUGACUGCUGAGAAGAGAAGAGAUCGAGUACGGCCAUGGCUCUGGCACCCGCAUCUCUCCAGUGCUUCCUCACGGGCAGACCGGUGUGCUCGGCGACGCUGCCCAAGCUCGCGAGGAGGCCGUCGAGGAUCUCGUGCAAGGCGGCCGGCGAUGAGAAGGUCCCGUUGGGAGGGGAUGGUCUUGGGGUGAAGCUCGGGAAGCUGGCGAUGGUCACGCUGGCCGCCGGCGUGCUGGCGCUCGGGCCCGUCGACGGCGCCAUGGCGGCCAAGUCCGGCGGCAGGGUCGGCGGGCAGGCGUUCCGGUCAGCGCCACGGUCGUCCGGCCCUCGGAUAAACAACUCCAGGACGAACAUCUACGUCAACCCGCCGGUGGCGCCGCCGCUGGGCGGGUACGGCUACGGCGGCUACGGCAGCCCGUUCUUCGGCGGCUACGGGUGGUCGCCGUUCACCUUCUUCGCGCCCGGCCCGAGCGUCGCCGUCGGUGUCGGCGGCGGCUUCGACACGCUCGUCCUCUUCUUGGUGCUGGGCGCCGUCGUCGGAGCCAUCAGGCGGUUUCUCAACAGGAACAAUGAUGAUUACGACGACUAUUGAUUAUUACUAUACUACCUACUAGUAGUAACGUAACGAAUCUCAUGCUUAAUCUUCAUCUGUAGUAUGGCGAGAUCCUUUUCUUGUUGAUUUCCAGGAAUAGAAUAUGCUGCUGCACAAGGGAAUUGUACGUAUGAUUUUGCUUAAUGCAAUCAGAGUAGCAAAGAAUUGUAACCCCGCUCCACGACGCGGCGCCUGUAGUGGUUUUUUUAUUGUAGAAAAAUAGGAAUCCAGUGCCAUAAUUGUUGCU